UGUGUGGCUGUCUGCGCAAGCUACUCAGGACUGCGAAACCUGCCACUACCCAGCCAUUCUACCCAGCAUUACUGAUUCACUUUGGAGAUCCUGACAUACCAACAAACUGCUGCGCAUUCCUCAAACAGGUUCUCAACGAUCCUCCAUUACACCUGUAUAUAGGUAUGAUUGCUUCAUCAACUUUAUUCCACACCACCUCACCAAAUGAAAGACAAAUUCUACUUUCUUCUCAACGGCCAUCUUUCACUCCGCCACCCCUUACAAACAAACACAAUUGUGAAGUGUUUUCAAUAAUAAACAUCACUCACAAAAGGAACAGUUAGCUAGCUACCCGUCAUGCACACCCGGCAUGAAAAUACAUUGGAACACCUCGCUCAGACCCUAACGCGGGAGGCACAAGGGAACAGCUUUUAUGCAAAGUUGCCGUGACUGACAGCCAGCUUUUUCGGCUUCCUCGCUGCUGAUUGGUUUAGGCAGAUACGUCACAAGCUUAGCGCCCUCGCACGUUCGGGUAGCGCGGAAGGCAGCGCGGUGAUCGCGCAUUUCGUGUUUGGAGUGCCACGAGACACAGGAGAGAGAGACAAACCAGACGAUUGUGAAGCGGAAAAAAAAAGAAAAAAAAUAUUCUGUGCUUUUACCUCGUUGUCGGAGUACCAUGUUGAAGAGGUGACGUUUAUACUGAUAUUAUGGUUGUGGACUAGAGCCGGUUAGAUGAGCUGCACGCGCUGAUCACUUGGUUGUGUCGAGGCUUGAAUGAGAGAGAGAAAUGGCGGCGUUGACUGGCGGCGGACCAAGCGCUCGCUUUGUUGCGCUAACGGUGUGUGUUGCUGUGCUGGGACCUGCACUGUUCACCACCAAGGGAGGUUCUUCUUUCUACGCCGACGCCAACACGCAGAGUGUCCGGAGCAGUAUCAAUCCCAAUCAACACCAUGGUAUGUGUGAACCUAUCACCAUUCCUUUGUGUAAAGACAUUCAGUACAACGAAACUAUCAUGCCGAACUUGCUGAACCACCAAAAGCAGGACGACGCAGGCUUGGAGGUACACCAGUUUUUUCCCUUGGUUAAAGUACAGUGCAGCCCACAUCUGCGUUUCUUUUUGUGUACAAUGUACGUGCCAGUUUGUACUGUUUUGGAGGAGGCCAUUCCACCCUGUCGUUCGCUGUGCAACCAGGCUCGCGAAGGUUGCGAGUCGUUGAUGAACAAGUUUGGUUUCCAGUGGCCGGAGAGUUUACGUUGCGAGCGUUUCCCAGUCAAUGGUCUGUGUGUUGGGGAAAACACAACAGACACGGAGCCGACAAAGAAACCGCCGACAUCAAGCGGUGGUACAGGAAGUACCGGCGACAGUGGCGAGGUAGGAAACACUGUGAUCUUACCGGAUUCGAACUCUGGCAGCACGGACGUAGCUGUGACCAACGACCUCAGCAUCCAGUGCCCCGUGGGGUUGGAGGUGCCCAAAGGUUUCGACUACCGCCUCAAGAUCGGUAAUCACGUGGAGCGUGAUUGCGGCGCUCCGUGUUUCAACAUGUUCUUCAAUGACAAGGAGCGAAAAUUUGCUCGCUGGUGGAUAGGCAUUUGGUCCUGCAUCUGCCUGGCAUCGACUUUGUUCACUGUUCUCACCUUUAUGAUCGACAUGCAACGUUUUCGAUACCCGGAGCGCCCUAUCAUCUUCCUCUCUGGCUGCUAUUUCAUGGUAGCCUUGGCCUAUGUCGUCGGCUUUGCUCUUCGGGAAAAGAUUUCGUGUAACGACCCUUUCGAGCCACAGACUCCUGGAGUGACCAAGGACCAGAUGCUGCAAGUCGUGACCCAAGGCACCAAGAAGGAAGGUUGCACCAUCUUGUUCAUGAUGUUGUAUUUCUUCAGCAUGGCCUCAUCCAUCUGGUGGGUCAUCCUCACGCUCACUUGGUUCUUGGCAGCUGGCAUGAAAUGGGGCCACGAGGCUAUUGAAGCCAACUCCCAGUACUUUCACCUGGCCGCCUGGGCUGUGCCGGCCAUUAAGACCAUCGCCAUCCUGGCCAUGGGACAGGUUGAUGGUGAUGUCCUCUCAGGGGUAUGCUACACCGGCAUCUUUGAUGAGGAUGCACUGCGCGGAUUUGUCCUUGCACCAUUGGUCGUCUACCUCAUUAUUGGCACAUCCUUCCUCCUGGCUGGAUUUGUCUCCUUGUUCCGCAUUCGUACCAUCAUGAAGAGUGAUGGCACUAAGACUGACAAGCUAGAGAAGCUGAUGGUUCGCAUUGGAAUUUUUUCAGUGCUGUACACAGUACCAGCAACCAUUGUCAUAGCCUGCUACUUCUAUGAGCAGGCCUUCAGAUCCAAGUGGACUGUCACUUGGCUGAACACAAACUGCAACAACUUUGGCAUGCCCUGUCCAACCUCAGAAAAGUUGGAGUCCAAACCUUGGCCCGCCUUUAACGUGUUCAUGAUCAAGUACCUCAUGACUGUCAUCGUGGGGAUCACAUCAGGGGUAUGGAUCUGGACUGGCAAGACCUUCUUGUCAUGGAAGACCUUCUCUCGCAGAAUCUUCUCUCGUAGGAAUAACGAGUCUGUUGUGUGAAGGCUGUUGAACAUCCCAUCCAAGAAGACAGACUAGUUUCUUCAUUGACAAAGAAUGGUCAGCUAUUAUGAAAAAUGAAGACCAGUCAGAGCCAUUCUUUAUUAUCCUGCAUACCAAAAAAAAAAAUUUAAACCACAUGUCUACAGGCUUGGUUGGUCACUGUGGGGCAACUAAAAGUGGUCACUGUUUAACGUGUAAAAAUUGACCAUCAUCUAUCUAAUCAUGAUCAUCAAGCUUUUGCCUACCAUGAUGUGGAUCGAGUUUUGUCCAGCACUCCGUUCAGUUUUGUGUUCACAUUCAGAUGGAAGGCUAAGGUGAAAGGCAUUUUAUCUCGUGGAAAGAGAUAUUGGCUUUAUGGGAGAAGGAUCAUGUCCAGGCUGACUCAGAAAGGCCAGGCAGGAUAGAGAUGUUUUAAUCCACAGUGCCCACGCACAGGGUCAGAGCUACGGAAGUUUUCAGACAGGGAGCAUAUGCCUGUGAUGGUGUAGUAUCUGAGCAAAGAAUGAGGAGCUGUUUCACAGUGCUGUGUAGUGCUGGGUUGUGCCAUUGUGAUGACAAGUUGAUUGGGGGUGGUGGGGUAGCAUGAACAUUGCAGUCAUCACUUGUGUGCUAAUAAUAGAAAGGGGGCUGCCAGUGUCAGUGCAUUCUGACAAUGCUUCUUGCCGACAAGAUCUGGGAUUUGGUUAUCUGAGAGCAAUGAACAUGCUUUGGAAUUCGCUUGUGUGAUACUUUUGUGGCACCACAAAUUGCAAGCUUGUUUCAAGUUGGAGCAGAAUCAGCAAAAAGCGGCAUGAAAUAGGCCGGUUAGGGAAAAAAAUCAGAUUUUGGUUUUAGUCUUGUGUGUCACUCUUCUUAAUAAUUACAGACAUUGAGUUGUGCAUAUAUUCUAUUAACAUUUAGUUCUGGACCACUUUUUUUUUUUAUACAAACUACCACCGCAUUUAUUUGUCCACCAAACUGACAACAGACUGUGUGGAUUAAGAUUUAAAUCGUCACUCCUGAACACCAUGAUGAUGUGUUCUUCAUUUUAUUGCAUUAUUCUUUAACUGUCUUCAGCUACAGGAAUGUCAUUUUAUUUCUCCAAAACCAUCAGUAUUUAUUUCCAUGACUUUUGGAACACAGGUCACAAAGGGCCAGCAUGAAGAGUGAGGAGAAAAGAAAAUGUGUGCUCUUGAAUAAGAUGGUAGUCAUUUCUGCAGAAUGGCCCUUGGAUUUCUUUGAAUUUUUUUUUAAGGGGAGGGGGUGACAUUCAAAAGCACAAACCUUGGAGAAGGCUCGAUGUCUACUUAGGACAACAAUGGCAAACUAGAGAGACUUGAAGAGGGGAAGGUUUGGUUCAGCUGUCCGUAUCUUGGGAAAAAAGAAACUAAAGAAAUUUGUGAAAUAAUACAAUCCAUUUGUUAAAAAAGCUUUAGUGGGUGAAAAGAGUGUUCAUUUUGUGUGCCACGGAUGUAAAGGCUGAUUGAUAAGUGUUGAGUUUAAAUGUUCAUUGAAACUUAAGUUAUUCCUGGCAUUUCAGCUAUUUUACAAAUCAUAAAACAAAGCAACUGUUCUUGCCAGAUUUGGAUAAUUCAUUUACAGUUUAACUCUAAGUGAUUAAUAAAUAAAAUUGUAAUGCAUGUACAAGAUUUAUAUCAUAAGGAUGUACAAAUUGGUGCAAAGGAACAAAUUGGUAAAUAUAUUUUGCAUAUUGUCCUGUUUUUAGAUAAAUGAGAAUUUCUGAUUUGGUCCAAACUAAAGCAGAUGUGUUUUCUAAUGUUUUAUAAUGAAAAAUAUUUUUAAGAAAUCUUAGGACAGACAGUCACAUAUACCCAAUCUGAUUUUUAAAUUUCUUGAAUUCAGUGACAUAGCAAAGACAUCAUCUGUGGUAAAAUUUUAGUAGGGUUGACAGUUUUUGUUUGUUUUAAGGCUUAAUUGUGCUUUUUCUGUUACAACAUAAUUUUCAGCCAUUUUUUAAUGAGCUAAGGAAGACCAAAAACUGCUUUAUUACUAAUGUGACUGUAAUUCUGAGUUUCUUUUUCUUCUUUUCCCAAACGGAAAAGAAUGUUCUUAAAACUUGAUAACUUCCUGCUGUUGGUGUAGGAGUUUUUCCCAUGAGCCUAGUUAACACUAAAUUGUGCAACUGCUCUUGUUUCAUGUAAAAUACAAGAGCUUGUUAUUACAGUCCACCAGUUCAUUGUGAGGGGUGUAUGUUGGUGACAGAAUGCCUAGAUUUGUGAGAGUAUAUGGUUUUCAUCUGGGCAGUGAGGAUUGUGAUAGAGGAUUGUGGAAUGAAUGCUAGAAGUUUGUCAGGAAGAUUGUCAGAUGAAUGUCAAAAGUGCCUGUGUUUAGAAUUAAGAGAGCAAAAAGUAAAUUUAAAGGUGAGAUUGUGUCAGUCAUAAGAAAACAUCGACUGCGAGAGCGAAUUCUGUGACUGUAGAACUGCGUGACUCAUCAGUAUGUUGAACAAGCAGAAAUUCUGUUUUUAUGCUUUGUUUUUGUGUUGUGAAAUAUUUGAUUAUUCUUUUUGUCCAUGUUCUAUUUACUUGUAAGUGAUUAUGUGCAUUCUAGAUGAUGAUGUUCUUUUAGUUGGUAACAUUGGCUUCAUUAAAAUGUCUUGUACAUUCUGA